AUGCGCGAAAGACAUGUUCCUAAAACAUCAGAAGAACUUCAGGCAUCUUUCGAUAAAAUAUUCGGUGCUUACACUAAAGCUUGUAAGAAACGUGCUGGUUCUCUUCAUGAUUUUCAACUUAAACUUGUUAAUAUAGAUUUAGACUUCAGAUUUUCCAAAGCUGCUAAUCCUGAUAUUUAUCCCGAUGUAGUAAAGCUUCCGGCUAUCAAAUCGAUGCUUGAUUUAUUAAAUGGUAGAUAUUAUUGUCGGAACGUUUUAGCUGGUUUUAUUCUUUGUACAUUCGAAACUCUAACUGAUCCGGAUAUUUUCGUACCUGGUCAAGAAGAAGAAGCUACCUUAUUUGUUGAAUCUCUAGUUAAGUUAGGAGCCCUGGACGUCUUUGUUUCCACUCUUGCUAAGUUUCGUGGAGAUGAUGUUCUUUUCCCAGCAGUUCAAACUAUUGCGCAGAUGAUUUUUCUUAAACCAGAAUUAGCAGAACCCGCUGGAAAGAAUCCCCAACUGAUGGAUUGGGUGUUUAAAUCACUCAGGUCUCCCAUAUGGAAUGAUCUAAAAAUGCAUGUUCUGGGGUUCUUAAAUACUCUUUUGAUGUCUAGUUUUAAAAAUAGACUUGAAUUUGGGGAAAUGGAUGCUGUAGCUGUUGUAGUAAAUGCUCUUUCAUCUCUUGAAGAAGAUUUUAUCCCGGACGAAGAAUACCUGCUGCAGACUUUGUUUAGUUGUUUACUUUUUCUAUUAGAAUUUCACGACAAUAUAGUGAAGUUUGUCAAGGCUGGAGGUGUUCAGUCAAUGAUUGGAAUUAUUCAGCAAGAGGACUUUGGUUAUUGUUAUGGGUCUGCAAUUACGGCACUUGAUAUCGCAGUGAAAGCUUGUAAAUCUGCUUCUAAGGAAUUUGUGAAUGAUAAGUUGGCAUUUGACACUGCAUUCCCUCCUUCCAUGGAUAUGACCGACCUUCCUAGAGCAAGCAAAAUAGUGAUCGCUUUAAAGCUAGACCAACCAAAAUACAGCAAGUGA